ACUCAGAAGGAUACCUCCAACAUGUCUGAUUACGAUAAUGCUCAGACUGCCCUGAAUCUUCCUAAGAAAGACUCGGAGAUUUUAGGACUUGCCUUCGGUAAACGCCAAGUCGUUCCAGGAGAGCACAUUCCUAAGACUGAGGCGCAACUGGCUCCCAAUCUAAGUUUAACUCAAGCCACGGGCACAUAUAUCGCAGUUUGUAUCGACCUUGACGCUCCGUUCCCUUGUUUUAGUUUCCUAGGUCCCAUUCUUCAUUGGAUUCAAUCGGGUUUGAAGCCCACCACUACCGUCAACGGAACUACAAGAUUACGAGCGACAGACACACCUUUUAUAUCGGAUUACGUUGGCCCCGCACCACCACCUCCCAGCCGGCCGCACCGAUAUGUGUUUCUGCUAUACGAGCAACCCGAAGGAUUCAACUAUACUAAGUUCGCGCCUCCGGAUGGGAAGAAGAUGGGAAUGUGGCCACGGAUCAGAUACGACCUAAAGACAUUUGAGAAGGAGGCACAUCUUGGUCCUAUUGUGGCGAGUAAUUUCUUUCUAAGUAAUUAA